CCCCUGGCCUGAUACACACUGCCGGGGAGGUGGGCGCUAGGCCCCAGACCCGCCUUGCCUGCUCAGCCGCAGGGGAAACGCUGGAGUGCCUCUAAAUACUGAGGCUGCAGAUCAGCUCGGACCCCAGGCAAGAAAUUCUCCCCAGCAGAGGGCAGCAGGGAGAAGGGAUGCUGAUUGGAGCUGAAAGCUGGUUUGUGUACUCAUUCAAGGGCCAUUUGAAAAAUACCAGUUAACUGGACCCUGUCUGUUGGUGACCAGACAUUUCCAUCUCGCUGUUUACUUUAAAAUAACCAAAAUUACGUGUAGCCCAGAGAAGGAAGACACCCCAGUCUGGCAAGUGCCCGAAACCCAGCUCCAGGAAAAAGUGCAGCAGUGCUCGGGUCUGCAGGGAGCCCGCCCGCCCACGUGCACUGACUUUCGUUUCAUCGCCGAGCCCCGGGGGAUUGCGCGGGUGGUCUAUGCAGUUAGGCCAUUGACAGAUGAGUCCAGAAGAGGUUCCGCGCGACCCGUGGUCAGAAGCCCGGAGGCGGGGCGGGAUUUUCGAGUCUCUGCUCUCCAGGACCUGGGCUGAAGGCCCAAAGGGGUGGGAUGGACCCGCCAGGCUGGGACCCGAGAGAGCCGAACCCAGCUCUCAGCCGGGGUGGCGCGGUGCCUAGAGAGAGGGAGGGGCGCAAGGCCGGAACGCGGAGGCUUCGAGCGGCCCAGGCCGAGGCGGGCAGGGGUGGCCUAGGCCCCUGCGGACGUCGCUGGUCGAAGGUGUCGGAGAAGGGCCCGCCGCACCCCUCCGCCUUCCGGGGCGGGGACCUAGCCUCGCCCCGCCUCGCGUUAGCCAAGCCCGGGCGCCCUCAGUACGCGAGGCCAGCUGUCCCUUUAAGAAUUCCGGGGCCCGCCUGGCUCCCACCGCCGCCGGGCCAUGGCCGCGCAGCUACUGGAGGAGAAGCUGACCUGCGCCAUCUGCCUGGGACUCUACCAGGACCCAGUGACGCUGCCCUGCGGCCACAACUUCUGCGGAGCCUGCAUCCGGGACUGGUGGGACCGCUGCGGGAAGGCUUGCCCCGAGUGCCGGGAGCCCUUCCCCGACGGCGCCGAGCUGCGCCGCAACGUGGCCCUCAGCGGCGUGCUGGAGGUGGUGCACGCCGGGCCCGCCCGGGACCCCGGCCCCGACCCCGGCCCCGGCCCCGGCCCCGCCGCGCGCUGCCCCCGCCAUGGGCGGCCAAUGGAGCUCUUCUGCCGGACCGAGGGCCGCUGCGUGUGCAGCGUGUGCACCGUGCACGAAUGUCGCCUCCACGAGCGGGCGCUGCUGGACGCCGAGCGCCUCAAGCGCGAGGCCCAGCUGAGAGCCAGCCUGGAGGUUACCCAGCAGCAGGCCACCCAGGCCGAAGGCCAGCUACUAGAGCUGCAGAAGCAAAGAAGCCAGAUUCAGAACUCGGCCUGCGUCUUGGCCUCCUGGGUCUCCGGCAAGUUCAGCAGCCUGCUACAGGCCCUGGAAAUGCAGCACACGGCAGCACUGAGGAGCAUCGAGGUGGCCAAGACGCGGGUGCUGGCACAGGCUCAAGAUGAGGAGCAGCGGCUGCGGGGCCACUUGGAGGCUGUGGCUUACCAUGGCUGCAGGAUCCAGGAGCUCCUGGAGCAGGUGGAUGAGCAGACCUUCCUGCAGGAAUCACAGCUCCUCCAGCCCCCAGGGCCUCUUGGGCCACUGACCCCUCUGCAGUGGGAUGAAGACCAACAGCUGGGCGACCUGAAGCAGUUGCUAAGCCGGCUGUGUGGCCUCCUCUUGGAAGAGGGGGUCCACCCCAGGGCACCAGCCAAGCCUGUGGACUUAGGCCCCAUGGAGGCCCCAGGUCCCCUGGCACCGGUCCCAAGCACAGUUUGUCCACUGAGGAGGAAACUCUGGCAGAAUUAUCGCAAUCUGACCUUUGAUCCAAUCAGUGCCAACCGUCACUUCUAUCUGUCGCACCAGGACCAGCAGGUGAAGCACUGCCGUCAGUCCCAGGGCCCAGGCAGGCCCGGCAGAUUCGAGCUCUGGCAGGUGCAGUGUACCCAGAGUUUCCAGGCCGGGCACCACUACUGGGAGGUGCGUGCAUCAGACCACUCAGUCACACUGGGCGUCUCCUACCCGCAACUGUCACGGUGCAGGGUGGGGCCCCACACAGACAACAUUGGCCGGGGACCCUGCUCCUGGGGGCUCUGCGUCCAGGGGGACAGCCUCCAGGCCUGGCACAACGGGCAGGCCCAGCGCCUCCCAGGGGUGUCAGGGCGGCUCCUGGGCAUGGAUUUGGACCUGGCCUCAGGCUGCCUCACCUUCUACAGCCUGGAGCCCCAGACCCAGCCCCUGUACACCUUCCAUGCCCUCUUCAACCAGCCCCUCACCCCCGUCUUCUGGCUCCUUGAGGGUAGGACCCUGACCCUGUGCCAUCAGCCAGGGGCUGUGUUCCCUCCGGGGCCCCAGGAAGGGGUGCUCAGCUGAAGAAGGCAUGGGAUGGAGCCCUGGCAUAGCUGCCACCAUGCUUGCAUGCCCAAGAGCUGCCCAGCUCCAGCUCGGAGAUUGGAGGACCAGUAGUUGGCCUCUCUGUUAACUCAGAAAGAGAUUGGAGGUGGGGGGAGGUGAGCAUAAACCCAAGUUCAGUGUUCCAGCCUCUUUGAAGGGGACACGGUCUAGGAGGGGGAUAAAUGGGAUGCCCUUGCCCCAAACAGAACCCAGUUCUAGGUACUGCCUGGGCCUGGGAGGCUAGAGCAGUGCCCAGGGGACGUCUGGGCUUACAGGACAGCGCGUGUGACAAAAUUUGGAUCCACCUGAACUUGCCUCCGGAGAUGAUAAGGGCCAAAGGAGCAGUUAGUGAGGGGCGGUGAGCCAGAGUAGUCCCGGGGCAGACAGAUUCCUCCCUCCGUCCCGCCUGCAGCUCUCUUUAAUUUUUUGUAACAUUUGGAUAGACAUCCGUCCUGUCUUGUAGUCUUUUUAUUUUGUGCACCUUUAUAAUUGUAUUCUAUAAACAAUUUUGUUUUCUGCAUUUAAACUUUUUUUUUUUAGGAGAUGGUCUUGCUCUGUCACUCAGACUGGGGUACAGUGGCACAAUCGUGGCUCACUGCAGCCUCGAGCUUCUGAGCUCAAAGAAUCCUCCCACCUCAGCCUCCGAAGUAGCUGAGAUUACAGUGUUUUCUGAAGUUUUUUGACUUAACGUAAGCAUUUUUCACAUGAUUGAAAAUUUUCGGCCGGGCGCGGUGGCUCAAGCCUGUAAUCCCAGCACUUUGGGAGGCCGAGAUGGGCGGACUCACGAGGUCAGGAGAUUGAGACCAUCCUGGCUAACAUGGUGAAACCCGUCUCUACUA